CGCGGCGCUUUACGGCUGCCGUCUUCCGGUUUCCGCCAGCAUGGAGGCCGACGAGCUGGAGAAGGAAGAUGCGGAACAGGAGCCCCUGGAAGGAAGAGACGAGAAUCCAGAAGCGGAAGAGGAGCAGGAGGAAUCCGAGGAGGCGGCUUGCGGCGGCAAGAAGCGGGUCGUGCCGGGAAUUGUGUACUUGGGCCACCUCCCGCCCCGCUUUCGGCCUCUGCACGUACGGAACCUCCUGAGCGCUUACGGCGAGGUGGGGCGCGUGUUUUUCCAGCCCGAGGACGGGUUCGUGAGGCGCAAGAAGAAGGCGGCGGCAGCCUCGGCCGCGGGAGGGAAAAAGCGGGCCAGGUACAGCAAGGACUACACCGAGGGCUGGGUGGAGUUCCGGGACAAGCGCGUGGCCAAGCGCGUGGCGGCCAGUCUGCACAACACGCCCAUGGGAGCCCGACGGCGCAGCCCCUUCCGCUACGACCUGUGGAACCUCAAGUACCUGCACCGUUUCACGUGGUCACACCUCAGCGAACAUCUUGCCUUUGAGCGCCAGGUGCGCAGGCAGCGCCUGAGGGCCGAGGUUGCCCAGGCCAAGCGCGAGACUGACUUCUACCUUCGAAGUGUGGAACGGGGACAGCGCUUCCUGGCGGCCGAUGGGGACUCGGGCCGCCCGAAUAGCAGCUGGGCCUUUGCCCAGCGUCCUACUGAGCAGGAGCUGAGAGCCCGGAAGGCAGCCCGGCCAGGGGGGCGUGAACGGGCUCGCCUGGCUAAUGUCCAGGACCAGGCUCGCUCCAACCGAGGGCUGCUUGCCAAGAUCUUCGGAGCUGCGCCGCCCUCAGCCGGCGGGGAGGAACCCUCACCGGUCAGGGCCUCGUGACGGGCAGAGAGACCCCCUCUGUCUCCUAGCCCUGAUAAUGGCUAUUCGGGCAGACGUUUUAUUGUCUUUUGAAGACUGGGAGUCUCUGAUGAGUGCGCAGACAUACCUUUUGUGGGCCUCUCCAUCUCCUGUUGCCUGGGGGAGGCCCCUAAUUCAUACUAGCAUGAGUGUGACUACUGCACAUGCCUCUCUCGUUUGAUUCUUGGCUCUCUGCCUCCUGCCCACUGGGAGCCUCUAAAAAUCCCACUUUCUGGCCGCAGGAAGUGCCUUUCCCUCAAAUUAGGGUGGGAGUGUCCAGUCCAGGCAACUUUUUUCCCCAAGUGUAAGUGAAGGGUAGCAGCAGCGUCCUUUUUAUUCAGAGAAGAGUAACAGGGACAGGGGUUAAUGGAGGGGGGCUGGGUUGGGAGCCACCUUCCAAAUGUAUUUACAGGAAAAAAAAAUCUUUAUGUAUAAUUGUAUGCCUUUGUAGUUUAUUGGGUGCGCAGGGUGCAUUUUACAAGUUCUGACUUUAUCUGCCUGUGUCCUGUUCAGUCCCCUUCAUGUCAUCUCGUCUCCGAGCCAACCCCUCCCUUCAGCCUGGACUCUUUCCUGUCACGUUAAUUCUGAGGCCCACUUUCUCAGCGAUCUCAUUCUGCAUUUCCCAAGUCACUAUAUGAGGACAUAGUGAUAGGUAAGCACACGGGCCUCGCCAUUAAGAGUUGGGGACCACUUGAAAGGGACAGGCACUCAUGUCUAGCGGCCCGCGGGCAUCAUGGUAAAAGCGUCUCAGGCGAGAGUGGGAGCCGUGGGAGGGCUCGAGUCAUCUGGGAAGGGAAGAUGUGCUUAAUAGGCGGCUCAUUCCUGCUCACACUCUCAGAGAGGGCAGUUUUCACCAGGCUUUCCAGGUCAUUCCUGAAGAGUGAACUGAGGUCUGAGCGAGGCUGUGUGCUCCUGGUGUUGGAAACCAAGCUCCACAGGCGGAGCGCUGGGUUCUAAGCAUCGUAAAGGGACGCAGAACCGGGAGGGGGCGCCCUUCCGAGAGUGAGUAAGCGGCGGGUCCCAAACAACACGCACCGUCUACUCAGACGCCGGGAGAAAACAACACUGCAGUGUUCACGUCAGGAAUCUAGACGCAGCCUCACAAUCCCAACCGCCUCUGUCCGGGCAGUGAGCAACUCGAUCUCGAGUUGGUGCGGAGAUUACUUCAAAACAAAACAAAACAAAAAAAACCAACUUACCAACAUAUCGUCUGUUAAACUUACAGGAAGUAGAAGAGUGAUUUUAAUAAUUGGGAUUUUGCUUGUGCUGUUUAAAACCCCCUCCACCCCCCUCCCCUCUGCCCUCAAUAUAAUUACUCGUGUGUUUGGGUGAAGUGGAUUCACCCACUUCUUUGGCUCUAAAACAAUAAAAUGUUAGGUCAGGAUUUUUACUUGAUAGCUGCACUUUAUUUGGGAGAAUAAAAUGAGCAUACAGUAAAAAAAAAAAUGGUUUUUGGUGUGACACUAACCACAUCCCUAUGCCUCUCAUACUCAUCAAAUAAAAACAUCUGUGUAAUGUUACCCCCUCA